UCUCUCCUACUCGAUCACACACGCUCACCCCUUUUUAAAUUGGUCACUCACCAACAACAAAGUAAAGACUCCCCAUUUCCAAAUCGUUCCUCUGAGGUUGCUAGCUCUUGUUCAAUCAAUCAGCACAUUCUCCAACACUUUUUUAUCAACAACAAUGGAUGAGUACUACUACAAGAGGAACCAUGUGCCAGCAUUUGGGAGCUGGGAUUGGAAUGACAACCUUCCAUUCACUCAGUGUUUUGAGUCUGCAAGACAAGCUGGUUUGCUUCGUUAUAGUUACGCUGCAUCUGAAGAACAAGACCUUUACGUUGCUGGGGACUUGUAUGAGAAUCAUGUUGUCACACCCGCUAUGAUCGUUGUUCCUCGCAGAAGGGAAAAGGUACGUGGCCCGCAAGACAAAGACGUAAAAAAGCAGAACUGGGUCAAUAGUGUGAAGGAGCCACAAAACACAGGUCCAAUUUCAAGGCCAACACCAAAGCCUGUGGACGAGGACUUGUACAAGAUUUCACCAGAGCUUCUUUAUGUCAAAAGUACGAAGAAGAGAGGAUUCUGUUUCUUUCUGAGCUGCUUGUUACCAACUUGCAUUGCAUGAGGCACAGAAAUUUGAGAAGCGAAUGUAAAUAGUACAAGUGAAAUAGAGAAAGAGACGUACCUAUAAUUGGAUGAAUCUAUUUAAGAACAGUAUAUUUCUGGACCAGUAACAUUAUGAUUGUAGUCGUAUGAGUAUGUGGGAAGGUCUUGAUUGUUUAUUCUUUUUAUUUACCGUUAAGUUAUAUUUUGGGUGCUUCAAACUUUGGACUUUGAUGUACUUUAUGGGGUGAAUAUUGCUGAUUAAUGAUUCAACCACACUCCAUUUUCCUCU